AUGGAAGCUGUGCUUGGAUUGAUAGUGAUGUUGCUGGGUUUGUCUCAUGGUGUGGGAACUUACUGUGAUGGCAGACAGGAUGGAGCUCAGUGUUAUGGAGCUUUGGGAGGAACUGUGGACAUCCAGCUGAUGGACAGCAGCUCUGAAAUACCUAGAUACAAACUGUUAAAGAAUUUCCUAAUGAUACUAUCUGUGAGAAAUAGCACAAUUAUUCCUAAUACCAUAGUACAGGGGUCUCUCUUUUCCCCCGGUAACGGAACAUUUAGGAUCAAUAACCUGAGCAGGAAUGACAGUGGUGAUUAUACCCUUGAAACCUUUGAUUCAGAUGGAUAUUCAUCGGGCGAGCGGACUUUAAAGUUGAUUGUUCAAGCUCCUGUGUCCUCUGUCCUGCUGGUCUCUGAGUGUCUGUCCCAGGGAGAGAUGAGGGUGUCCUAUAAGUCCUUGCUUAUAUGUGGUUUGCGAGCAGUUGUGGUCAUUCUCUUGCUAAUUGGGAUUUCCAUCUACUUUGCUUGGAAGAAAAAGAAACAUGACAAAGCUGAAGUCUCUGCUGUCCCACAAACAAGAGGAGAUCCAGAGGACUCUCUUCUGAUGGUUGAAAUGAGUUCUGCAACUUACACCAACGCCUAG